AUGCCACGAGGGAAGCGCACCGCCAGCGACAGCGCCGACGCGACGUCCACGACUGCCAAGAAGGCCACCCACACCAAUGCCCUCUUGGCGGCGGACGAAGUUGAGAAAGGGACGCUGCACUUUGAAGAUGGCAUGUCUAUCCAAGGGGUUUCCUUCGGCGCCAACAAAUCCAUGAGCGGCGAAGUUGUGUUCAACACAGGCAUGGUCGGGUACCCCGAAGCAUUGAGCGACCCGUCGUACAGCGGUCAGAUCCUUGUCCUGACGUUCCCAUUGAUUGGGAACUAUGGUGUGCCGUCCCAAGAGAUCGACGAGUACGGCUUGCCCAAGAACUUCGAAUCGAGCAAAGUCCAAAUUGCCGGUCUCAUUGUGUCCGAGUACUCGUUUGAACACUCGCAUUGGAACGCCGUCACGUCGUUGGGCGACUGGUUGAAGGCACACAACGUUCCUGCGCUCUACGGCCUGGACACGCGCAUGAUCACGAAGAAGAUUCGCGAACACGGGUCGUUGCUCGGGAAAAUCGAGUUCCCCGACCAAAUCAUCAAAAUCGAAGACCCCAACAAGACGAACCUUGUCGCGAAAGUCUCGCCAAAGGAAGUCAAGGUGUACAACAAAGGCGCAUCGCCCAAGAUCCUUGCCUUUGACUGCGGCAUGAAGCACAACAUCGUGCGGUACUUGCUGUCCAAAGGCGUCGAGCUCACAGUCGUCCCGUACGAUUUCGACCUGGCCAACUCAAACGCAAACUACGAUGGAAUUUUCAUCUCGAACGGUCCCGGUGAUCCCGAAAUGGCCGAUGCCACGAUCAAGUCGAUCCGUUGGGCGAUCGAGCAAGAAGGCGACAAGCUCAAGCCGAUUUUCGGCAUCUGUCUCGGCAACCAGAUCUUGGCCUUGGCCGCUGGCGCCACCACGUACAAAAUGAAAUACGGGAACCGCGGCAUGAACCAGCCUUGCAUUGACAUGCGCACGACGCGCUGCUACAUCACCCCGCAGAACCACGGGUUCGCAGUCGACACGGCGAGCUUGCCGACAGGCUGGAAGACGUUCUUCAUGAACGCGAACGACCACUCGAACGAAGGCAUCAUCCACGAAUUCAAGCCGUUCUUCUCGGUGCAAUUCCACCCCGAGGCGUGCGGUGGCCCGACCGACACGGCGUUUCUGUUUGACAUGUUCUUGGACAAGGUCAAGGGCCAGCCGUCGAAGCUGACCCUCAUGGACACGUCACUUUACGACCGCCCCGUGUUUCGAAAGGUCGUGCUCUUGGGCAGUGGCGGGUUGAGCAUCGGUCAAGCUGGGGAGUUUGACUACUCGGGUUCGCAAGCGAUCAAGGCACUCAAGGAAGAAGGCAUCCAAGUGAUUCUGGUGAACCCAAACAUUGCGACGGUGCAAACGUCCAAGGGGUUGGCCGACAAGGUAUAUUUUGUCCCUGUCCGCGCGUCCACCGUGUUGGAAAUUAUCAAGAAGGAGCGACCCGAUGGGAUUUUGGUCUCGAUGGGUGGCCAGACGGCGCUCAACGUCGGGAUCGAGCUUGAACAGAGCGGCGCGUUGGCAGCACACAACGUGCGUGUGAUGGGAACGCCCAUCUCGGUCGUGAUCGACACGGAAGACCGCGAACGCUUUAGCGAAAAGUUGGCCGAGAUUGGCGAAACCAUUGCGCUGAGCAAGCCCGCCAAGACGGUCGAAGAAGCCGUCGAAGCCGCCAACGAGAUUGGGUACCCCGUUUUGGUUCGUGCCGCGUUCGCGUUGGGCGGUCUCGGCUCUGGCUUUGCCGAAAACGACAAGGAGCUCCGUGCGCUGGCCAAGAAGGCGCUGCACGGAGCCGGCAACAAGGUCGGCGACCGACAGAUCCUCAUCGACCAAGAUCUCCGCGGAUGGAAGGAAGUCGAGUACGAAGUCGUUCGCGACGCCAAAAACAACUGCAUCACGGUGUGCAACAUGGAGAAUUUCGAUCCGUUGGGCAUCCACACGGGCGACUCGAUCGUUGUCGCGCCAUCGCAAACGCUGAGCAACUCGGAGUACUUUAAGCUCCGCGCGACGGCCCAAAAGGUCGUCCGCCACUUGGGCAUUGUCGGCGAGUGCAACAUUCAGUACGCGCUCGACCCGCACUCGGAACGGUACUGCAUCAUCGAAGUGAAUGCCCGAUUAUCGCGCAGUUCGGCGCUCGCGUCCAAGGCAACGGGGUACCCCCUCGCGUACGUGGCGGCCAAGAUCGCGCUCGGCAUCGACCUCGUCAGCAUCAAGAACAGCAUCACGAAAACGACGACGGCGUGCUUUGAACCGAGUUUGGACUACUGCGUUGUCAAGAUGCCGCGAUGGGACUUGAAAAAGUUCAAUCGGGUCUCGAACGACCUCGGCAGUUCCAUGCUCAGCGUCGGCGAAGUCAUGAGUGUGGGCCGCAACUUUGAAGAGUGCAUUCAAAAAGCUGUUCGCAUGGUGAACCCCAACUUGGACGGCCUGAACGCGCGCCCGGUCGACUUUACGUCGGACAAGCACGAGAUUGAAGCCAAUUUGAAAAAGCCGACGGACGAGCGACUGUUUUACGUGAUUGCUGCUCUCGACGCCGGGUACACGAUCGACCAAGUGCACGCGCUGACCAAGAUCGACCGGUGGUUCCUCUCCAAGCUGCACCACAUCUCGAGCCUCCGCAAGGGCAUGAAAUCGCUUGGGGCGCUGGACAAACUCACGACAAACCACUUCAAGACGCUCAAAACGUACGGGUUUUCCGAUCGCCAGAUCGCGACGGAAGUCGCAAGCACCGAGUUGCACGUGCGCAACCGCCGCAAGUCGUUCGGGGUUGUCCCGUUCGUGAAACAGAUUGACACGCUCGCCGCCGAGUACCCGGCUCAAACGAAUUACUUGUACAUGACGUACUCGGGCAUGGAGGACGAUAUCCCGAUGGACGAUCAUGGCGUGAUGGUCCUCGGGUGCGGCGCGUACUGCAUCGGGUCGUCGGUCGAGUUUGACUGGUGCGCCGUCUCGGCCGUCCGCACGCUGCGCGAACUCGACUACAAGGCGAUUGUUGUCAACUACAACCCUGAGACUGUCAGCACCGACUACGACGAAAGCGACCGGUUGUACUUUGAAGAGCUCAGCUUCGAGCGCGUCGUCGAUAUUUAUGACCGCGAGAACGCCCAUGGCGUGAUUGUGUCGGUGGGCGGCCAAAUUCCCAACAACUUGAGCAUGCCGCUCCACAAGAUGGGCGUCCGCCUCCUCGGGACGUCGGCUGAAAGCAUCGACAAGUGCGAAGAUCGCAACAAGUUUAGCGCGCUCUUGGACAAGAUUGGCGUCGACCAGCCCAAGUGGACCGAGGUCACGACCACCGCCGCCGCCGAAGACUUUGCUCGCCAAGUGCAGUACCCUGUCCUCGUCCGCCCGUCGUACGUGCUGUCGGGCGCCGGCAUGAUUGUGACGUCGUGCGAAGCCGAGCUCCGCGAUUACCUCAACAGCCCCAACGUGUCGGCGAGCAAGUCGAUUUGUAUUUCGAAAUUCAUCUUGAACGCCAAGGAAGUCGAGUUUGACGGCGUCGCCAAGGACGGUCAGAUUCUGAAUUACGCCAUCUCGGAGCACGUCGAAAACGCCGGCGUGCACUCGGGGGACGCGACCCUCGUCCUGCCUGCGCAAAAGCUGUACGUGGCCACCAUCAAGCAAGUCAAGCGCAUUGCGUCGGCGAUCGCGCGGUCGCUCAACAUUACCGGCCCGUUCAACAUUCAGUUGAUGGCCAAGGAAAACGAAGUCAAAGUGAUCGAGUGCAACCUGCGCGCGUCGCGCACGUUUCCGUUCAUCUCCAAGACGUUCGACUUGAACUUUAUCGCGCUCGCGACCCGCGCCAUGCUCGGCCUCGCCGUCAAGCCGGUCCCGAUCGCGCUCAUCGACAUUGACUACGUUGCAGUCAAGGCGCCGCAGUUUUCGUUUACGCGGUUGCAUGGCGCGGACCCGACGCUUGGCGUCGAAAUGGCGUCGACGGGUGAAGUCGCGUGCUUUGGCACCGACAUGCACGAAGCGUUCCUGAAGGCGCUGCUCAGCGCCGGGUUCAAAAUGCCCAAGGACCAAAAAACGAUCUUGCUCUCGAUCGGGAGCGACGACAUGAAGCGCGAGUUUCUUGAAAGCGCCAAGAUUCUCGACGAGCUCAAGUACAGCCUGUUUGGGACGCCCGGCACGGCUGCGUUUCUCCAAGAGCACGGCGUCAAGUGCAACGUGCUGUACAAACCGAGCGGAAAGGACGUCAAGGGCGCGGUCGACGGCGCCGUCGAAGCGAUCAAGAACAACAAGAUUGAAAUGGUCAUCAACGUCCCGGACGGCGGGUCCCAGCAAGAAGUGUCGGAUGGGUACCUCAUCCGCCGCGCGUCGGUCGACUUUGGUGUGUCCUUGAUCAACAACAUCAAGUGCGCCGUGUUGCUCGUCCAGGCCAUGGAAAAGGUCCAGAAGCUCGAGAUUUGCCACAUUGGCGAGUACUAUGCGAUGCCGACGCUCGGGUGGAGCACCGGCAAGAGCCUCCUUGCCCGCAAGAUGUCCAUUUGCUAAAAACACCCCUCUACUAAUCUAUCCCUCGACUCACUCGAUGCAGUCGCCGCCCUUUCCAUCGUCAA